CACCAUUUGAAUGUUUAAAAAACGCUCAUUUUAGUGUGAAACACGUUUUUAGAACCUUUUUCUUGAAAACAACAACAACAAUAAUAAUAAACUGAUUAAUCUAACCCUAAACCUCUGAUUUAUCAGGUAUGACAUGUCACGUGGCUGUGACGUCACCAGUAGCACGCGGUAGCUCGACUCUGACAGUUCCGCGGGGCGGCGGUCCGCUCAUCCUGCAGCAGAACCACCGCUCCGGUACCGGGCGGACUGAGAGGUCAGACCGGGAUGCAGACCGUCUGAGGAGCCACUAGCACCGGGGCGGCUCCGGUUCGGUUCGGAAGCUGGAGGAGUUCCAGGAUUCCUGAGUCGGAAUCAUGUCGUCCUCCUCGGAGCUGCCCUACUUUUGUCCUCGAUGUGGUGACAAGUUCCGCUUCUCGUGUGUCCCUGAGCUCCGGGCUCACCUGGUCAGCCGACACACCUACGAGACCCUGUUGGUCCUGUCACAGACUCGAGUCAGAAGCUCCAGACCCGGAGCUCUGCUCCCACUUCCCGGUCCGGCUGUAUCCCAGAAGGAGUGCUCCUCUCUGGGCAUGGAUCCCCGCAGCCUGCCCCUCCCUCUGGCCUGCCUGGACCUCGCCUCCUCCUCCGCCUCCAUCCAGAUGAUCAGGGAGAUGUUCAGUCCUCCAGAUCAGCUGUCUACUGUUCCUCCAGGGGACAUGUCCACCGCUCUGGCUCUCCCCGGGUCUCUGGACCUGGACUUGGGUCUUCCGGUGCGGAUCGGGCUGGAGGAGCUACUGGGGUUGGGACUGGAUCAUAAAAUCGCCCUCGCCUUCGCCGAGGUGGAGGAGAGGGUGAACCGCCGUGUGGGCCGGCUAAAGGAGGAGGUACGGAGGAAGGAGGCGGAGCUUGAACGGGAAAAGCUAAACAUGGAACGACUGAGGAGUGAGAAGCAGAAGGUGGAGGAGAGAGCCACCUACCUGUCCAAUCAGAUAUCUGCUGCUGCUGACAUGAUGGAGCGACUCGAGGACAACCUGAGGGACAAGGACAACGAGCUGAGUGAGCGACAACAAGACAUGGCCGACAUCGAGAUGUUUCUGAGGACAACGGCAGAGAAAGAAGCUGAAGCCAAAUCCAGACUACAGGUGUUCAUCGAGACGCUGCUGGAACGGGCUGACCGAGCAGAGAGACAGUUACUGCUGCUGAGUCACCAUGACAAUGACCUGCACUACGCUGACCCGUACACACACUCACAGGUGUACUCCCCUGUGCCUGGGCGAGGUGGACGCAGUCUGGAUGGAAGCACUGAUGACAUCAUCAGCAACAAGAUGCUGGAAGCCAUCGGCAACAGGAGGAGCUACAGCAUCUCCGGCUCCUGCCGACUAGGAGAUCAGCAUCCUGCCCACCAUCGCUACAGCGGUCUGACGGAUCAGAUGCGGACCUUGUCUUUGGAAUCAGGAGUCUGGGAUCGUGAGGGGGGGCUGGUCCACCUCCACCCGACGUACUAUGCUCCACCCUGGAGCCGGGCGGAGCGAGUCUGGAUGGGAGACGAAGGAUGGGGGACAACCUGGAGCAGAAGAAACCUUCGCCACCCCAGCACCGAGGAGGAGGAGAGUUUGUGGAGCAGCGCUGACAUGAGGAGGCUCGUCUAUGCCAGGACUCACACACCUGGAUCAGACACGCCCUCCUCCACCAGCUCCACCCCUUCUUGUCAUCAUUGCAACAGACAGCUGGGGGCGGACACCGUAAGAAUGAGGGCGUGGCUUUUCUGCGUCCUCCCAUAUUUGGACGUGCGCUCAUUGCUGCGGGCGGCGGAGGUGUGCUCUGAUUGGCGGUUUGUUGCCAGGCACCCAGCGGUCUGGACACACCUCCAACUGCAGAACGCCAGAGUGUCGUCUGAGUUCCUGAGCACCCUGUCCCAGUGGUGCACACAAACUCAGUGUGUGGUUCUCAACAACCUAAAGCCUCGAAGCCGCAGAGCCGACGAGACGCCAGAGGAUUACCACAAAAACACACGAGGCAGCGUGGAGGUGGGGCUGGAGGUGCUGCUGCGGUCAGCAGGGGGCAGCCUCCUCCAGCUCUCCGUCUCUCAGUGUCCUCACAUCCUCACGGACCGGACGCUGUGGCUCGUCAGCUGCUAUAGCCGGAACCUGCAGACGCUCGUGUACAGGAGCUCCUCAGAUCCAGUCGGUCACGAGGUUCUCUGGACCCUCGGUGCUGGCUGCAGGAACAUCAGCAGCCUGCAGGUGGCACCAGCCCACCCCUGUCAACAGCCGACUCGUUUUGGGACUCGCUGCCUGCAGACGAUUGGCCGAUGUUGGCCACACCUCCUCUCUCUGAGCGUGGGAGGGGCUGGCUGUAGCUCUCAGGGAUUGGUCGCUGUGGUGCGGAGCUGCUCUCAGCUGCGGCUGCUGGAGUUGGAGCGCAUCGCCGACCUGGGCCUGCAGGAGGCGACAGAGCUCUGCAGAUCUGGACUGAGGCGUCUACAGACGCUGAUCCUGACCCACACGCCGGUCAGCGGUCAGGCCAUCCUGCACUUCCACAGUGCGUGCAGUGACAUCAGGUCCAUCGUGGUGGAGGUGUCGGCGUCGGAUUACUUUGAAGAUCCGGAGACUCAGGAAGCUCGACACCUGUUUGGGGAGAUUCUCGGCACUCUGAAGGUUCUUCAGAACCGUCCCGGACUCUCCCACAUCCUGCAGGUCAAGGCCGAAGGAUUCUUCUGACCUCAAACAAACCGGAUCAUCGGAUUUGACCUCAGAGCCUAAACCUGCUGAUACACGAGCACAAAGGGCACAUUUCAGCUUGCACGGGUUCUCAGGUGCUACAGCCGGGUCACCGUUUCAGUCAGGUGGUCAUCUCUACGGAUCUGAAGCAGCUUUACAACCUUCAUUCCUGGCAGCUAACUUCUGUCGUGCUAAACGAUGCAGGUCCUUUACCUGCUCAUGACACAAUCGCAAUCAGCCAAGCGGUCGCUUGUUUUAACGCACUAAAAAGGUAGAAAUAACUAAAAUAACUGAAUCAGAGCUGAAAAGUCUCAGACAUGAAACACGUUCGUCCCAAACUGACAUGAGAAACGUGGUUCACAGGUCACCAGGUCCCACAGGAGCUGCGUAAGGAACCCGUACCGCCAUCUUGACUCUGGGGUUAGCGCGUCAGAAAUCCCUAAAGACUUCGUCUUUGAAUCCAAACCUGCAGAGGUUUGACUGAUUCUGGCUCGUCCUGCUGAAAACAGGGUUUAUAAACGUUUAUAAACCCUGAAAACAGGGUUUAUAAACGUUUAUAAACCCUGAAAACAGGGUUUAUAAACGUUUAUAAACCCUGAAAACAGGGUUUAUAAACGUUUAUUACUGGUGUUUGCUGCCUCCCUGACCCUGGCGGGAGUAGUUUAGUAGUCUGGCCCAGUUUUAGUCACUUCACGUGUUUCUUCUCCCACAUUAAAGUCAUUUAGGAUCCAAACUAGAUUAACCUUUAGUCUUUAUGAAGAAUCUUCUGCUCCUAAACCGUUUCCUUAUCCUGAACAUAAAAGAAAAGCACAAAUUUUCUCUUCGGUCGACCUUUAAACUUUAACUUAUUUUUACCUCAAUUAAGCAAAAAAACUUUAAUAAAUCCCUCGUUUUACCUCAA